CACCAAUGAAUGCCAAUACCCCACUGUGAAAAGCGUAGAAAGCUCUCGAAUUCAAACGCAUUCAGCCCUAAAAAGAUCCAACUUCCUGGUUGUCUCAUUCCAAAGUUUACGAACGACAACUUUCUCUUUUACGAACCAAGCAACCUGAACUAUCCGGAAACACCUUUUCUGCUUGUUCUGCUUGUUCUGCUCGAUCAACUAGGUAACCGAUACGUCUCGGGCGAACUAUAAUCAUCAUGGCGUCCGUAGACGAGCUUAAGGCUCUAGGCAACAAAGCUAUCGCCGACAAGAACUUUGACCAAGCCAUCGACGCUUUCACCAAGGCCAUCUCCAUCGACCCGAACAACCACGUCUUGUUCAGCAACCGAUCUGCCGCCUACGCUUCGAAGAAAGACUGGAACAACGCUCUGAAGGAUGCCGAGAAAACGACCAGCAUCAAGCCGGAGUGGCCGCGAGGAUGGGGACGAAAGGGGGCUGCCCUACAUGGCUCCGGCGACCUCUUAGGCGCGAGCGAGGCUUACGAGGAGGCCCUCAAGCUCGACCCCAGCAACGCAGGCUUGAAGAAAUCGCUCGAGUCUGUUCAAAAAGCGAUAGAAGGAUCUGGUAGCGGUUCUGGUGCUGAUCCUGCCAGCGGUCUUGGCAAUAUGUUCAAGGACCCUAACCUGCUCCAGAAACUGAUGAACAACCCGAAGACUAGCGGUUACUUCGCCGACCCUUCCUUCAUGGCCAAGAUCCAGGCCAUACAGCAGAACCCCCAAAAUACUCAGGACCUGUUCAGCGAUCCUAGGAUGAUCCAGGUAUUAGGAGUUUUGAUGGGCAUCGACAUGCACAUGGGAGGUCCUGAGGAUAUGCCAGGUGCCGCCGCUGCCGCCGCUUCAGGUGCCAAGGAAGCCGAAGAGGAUGUCGAGAUGCCGGAUCUGGCCACUCCUGAUCCGAAGUCUCAGGCCAAACCCGAACCGGCCAAGGCUCCCGAGCCCGAACCCGAGCCCGAGCUGGACGAGGAGGCGCUGGCGAAGAAGAAGGCGAAGGAAGAGGCCGACAAGGAAAAAGCUCUAGGAACCGAAAACUACAAGAAGCGAAACUUCGAUGAGGCUAUCAAGUACUACAGCAAGGCCUGGGAGCUGUACAAGGACAUCACGUACCUCAACAAUCUGGGUGCCGCUCACUUCGAGAAAGGCGACUACCAGGCAUGCAUAGACGCGUGCACCAAGGCGAUCGAGGAAGGCCGCCAGAUCUACGCUGAUUUUAAGAUGAUUGCUAAGUCGUACGCGCGCAUUGGUACAGCGUACGAGAAGCUCGGAGAUCUUCCGUCCGCGGUCGAGAACUACCAAAAGUCGCUGACUGAGCACCGGACGCCCGAUACCGUCAACAAGCUCCGCGCCGCGGAGCGUAGGAAGAUCGAAGAAGCCAAGAAGGCCUACAUCGACCCGGCCAAGGCCGAGGAAGCCCGCGAGCUAGGCAACAAAAAAUUCAAGGAGCAAGACUUCCCCGGUGCCGUCGAAGCGUAUUCGGAAAUGAUCAAGCGCUCGCCGGAAGACCCUCGAGGAUACAGCAACCGCGCGGCAGCCUUCGUUAAGCUAUUCGAAUUCCCGAGCGCCCUCGAGGAUUGUAACGCGGCGAUCAAGAAGGAUCCCAAGUUUAUCCGGGCGUACAUCCGCAAAGCGCAGAUCUACUUCGGCAUGCGCGACUACUCCAAGUGCAUCGACGCUUGCAACGAGGCUACCACGGUAGACGCCCAACACCACAACAACGCCAACGCGCGGGAGAUCGAACAGCAGCAGCAGAAGGCCCUGCAAGCCAUGUACGCUGCCCGGGAGAACGAGACGGAAGACCAGACCCGAGAGAGAUUAAUGAAGGACCCCGAGAUUAUGAGCAUCAUGCAAGAUCCCGUCAUGCAAUCCAUCCUCCAGCAGGCACAGUCCGACCCGGCAGCGCUGCAGGAACACAUGCGCAAUCCAGCCGUGCGCUCCAACAUCCAGAAGCUGGCCGCGGCCGGAGUCAUCCGUAUGGGACGAUGAGCGUUGAUGAAUAUUCGUCGAGGGGAAGCUUUGAAGGGGAGGAUGUCUAUCCUAGCCGCCUCGAUCGAUUAAUGUGCGAGGCGAUCGAGCCGCUCGAUUCGAGCGGUUAGUUCACUGGUUGUCGAGGCAUCAGGUCAUUGGGAAU